GUUUGACCUUAUUGAAACAGACACGCCAUAAAAUGGCCCAAGAAAUGCCCGACGUGUGGGACGCCAGUUCGGGGAAGGGCGUUGGCGUGUCGGUGUGGGCGCAGCAUUGCUGCAGAUCGUGAGGCCGAGCGCUCUGCACUGCGUCGGCAACUGAGGGAGCAGGGCUCAAGGAUGCGCGACGACAACUUGGACAAGAUCUUUGCGAACAUCAGGAAACAGGUCUAUCGGCUGCAGGGCAAAGGCCAUCACAUCGCCCUGCUGGGUAUGCGUGUUACGGAGCGGCAAACGUUUCGUUUUGAAACGUUCGAAGAUGAGGUCCUGGAGAGCGCUUUUACGGAGCGCAGACGUGCAGACCUACAGUCCGAGACCGAUACAAAGGUCCCGAAUGCCUUUCAAGAGGCGAUAAUCAAGACAUUUGCCCGACGAAUUUAUCAAGUCCAUCCAAAGAGGCUGCAGGAGCCCCCCAGUCUCUUACAGCUGCGGGGUGUCGGCCAUUUCCGGUGUGGGAACUGUAGAGGCCCCCUCACUGCCCAAGACGCCGCAACCGCCAACGCCACCGCUGAGCCUUCCGCCACCGCCACCGCAGUCGCUGCGCCUCCCGCCACCGCCACCGCUGCUCCAGCCGCCACCGCCACCGCUGCUCCAGCCGCCACCGCUGCGCCUCUCGCCACCGCUGCAACAGCCGUCGAUACUGCUGUCUCUGCUACUAGCGACGUUCUGUCUUUCAGCCAUCUCCAACCAGCCCGUCCCACCACCGCGCCCACCACCGCCACGCCACGCCACGCGAACUCCCUCCACAGCAUCCUUCGACCCCCGGUCACCGAUGUCACUUCCCAUCCAGCCCGUCCCACCACCGCCACGCCACGCCACGCUAACUCCCUCCACAGCAUCCUUCGACCCCCGGUCACCGAUGUCACUUCCCAUCCAGCCCGUCCCACCACCGCGCCCACCACCGCCACGCCACGCCACGCUAACUCCCUCCACAGCAUCCUUCGACCCCCGGUCACCGAUGUCACUUUCCAACCAGCCCGUCCCACCACCGCGCCCACCACCGCCACGCCACGCCACGCGAACUCCCUCCACAGCAUCCUUCGACCCCCGGUCACCGAUGUCACUUUCCAACCAGCCCGUCCCACCACCGCGCCCACCACCGCCACGCCACGCCACGCGAACUCCCUCCACAGCAUCCUUCGACCCCCGGUCACCGAUGUCACUUCCCAUCCAGCCCGUCCCACCACCGCGCCCACCACCGCCACGUCACGCCACGCUAACUCCCUCCACAGCAUCCUUCGACCCCCGGUCACCGAUGUCACUUUCCAACCAGCCCGUCCCACCACCGCGCCCACCACCGCCACGCCACGCCACGCUAACUCCCUCCACAGCAUCCUUCGACCCCCGGUCACCGAUGUCACUUUCCAACCAGCCCGUCCCACCACCGCGCCCACCACCGCCACGCCACGCCACGCUAACUCCCUCCACAGCAUCCUUCGACCCCCGGUCACCGAUGUCACUUCCCAUCCAGCCCGUCCUCCCUCUAUUCGUCGCGUCAGACCAGCCGGCAGUACUGUGGUGUGGGUGAUGCCUGACGGGACGGUUAAGCGCGCGAAAAAGGAGUGAUGUGCGUUCAUGACAAGAAAAUACUCCACAUCCGUGCGGCCCUGUGUCGGUCAUGUGGCCGAAUCCGCGACCAUGUGUAUAAAGUGUAAAUAGGGUAUGGGUAC